AUGAUUACUGAGUCGCUGCUGGUUGUAGAGGUUAAUGAGGAUAAGCUACCGAGAGCUGAGGUUGGGAGGUCACUGGCUAAGGAUAAGUCCGGCGUCGUGCUGUGGCGUCGUGCUGCGGCGUCGUCGGCGUCGUCGGCGUCGGGAGGCGGCAGGAGACGUCAGGUGCGGCAGAAGUCGUCAGGCGGCAGGAGACGUCAGGCGCGGCAGGAGACGUCAGGCGCGGCAGGAGACGUCAGGCGCGGUAGAAGUCGUCAGGCCAGACAGCGAGGGGUGUUGCGUCACGCAGAAUGUCAUAGCAUUAACGGCGAGAGGGUUUGGAUUGAAACAGGAGGAUCAGGUCCUCUAACAGGAGUAUCAGCUCUAACAGUAGGAUCAGAUCCUCUAACAGGAGGAUCAGAUCCUCUAACAGGAGGAUCAGAUCCUCUAACAGGAGGAUCAGAUCCUCUAACAGGAGGAUCAGAUCCUCUAACAGGAGGAUCAGAUCCUCUAACAGGAGGAUCAGAUCUUCUAACAGGAGGAUCAGAUCUUCUUACAGGAGGAUCAGAUCUUCUAACAGGCGGAUCAGAUCCUCUAACAGGAGGAUCAGAUCCUCUAACAGGAGGAUCAGGUCAUCUAACAGGAGGAUCAGGUCAUCUAACAAGAGGAUCAGAUCCUGUAACAGGAGGAUCAGGUCCUCUUACAGGAGGAUCAGGUCAUCUAACAGGAGGAUCAGGUCAUCUAACAGGAGGAUCAGGUCCUCUAACAGGAGGAUCAGGUCAUCUAACAGGAGGAUCAGGUCAUCUUACAGGAGGAUCAGAUCCUCUAACAGGCAGAUCAGGUCCUCUAACAGGAGGAUCAGGUCAUCUAACAGGAGGAUCAGGUCAUCUAACAGGAGGAUCAGGUCCUCUAACAGGAGGAUCAGAUCCUCUAACAGGAGGAUCAGAUCUUCUUACAGGAGGAUCAGAUCCUCUAACAGGCGGAUCUGAUCCUCUAACAGGAGGAUCAGAUCUUCUUACAGGAGGAUCAGAUCCUCUAACAGGCGGAUCAGAUCCUCUAAAAGGCGGAUCAGAUCUUCUAACAGGAGGAUCAGUUCCUGUAACAGGAGGAUCAGAUCCUCUAACAGGAGGAUCAGAUCCUCUAACAGGAGGAUCAGAUCCUGUAACAGGAGGAUCAGAUCCUGUAACAGGAGGAUCAGAUCCUGUAACAGGAGGAUCAGAUCCUCUAACAGGAGGAUCAGAUCCUCUAACAGGAGGAUCAGAUCCUCUAACAGGAGGAUCAGUUCCUGUAACAGGAGGAUCAGAUCCUCAAACAGGAGGAUUAGGUCAUCUAACAGGAGGAUCAGAUCCUGUAACAGGAGGAUCAGAUCCUCUAACAGGAGGAUCAGUUCCUGUAACAGGAGGAUCAGAUCCUCAAACAGGAGGAUCAGGUCAUCUAACAGGAGGAUCAGAUCCUCUAACAGGAGGAUCAGAUCCUCUAACAGGAGGAUCAGAUCCUCUAACAGGAGGAUCAGAUCCUCUAACAGGAGGAUCAGAUCCUCUAACAGGAGGAUCAGAUCCUCUAACAGGAGGAUCAGUUCCUGUAACAGGAGGAUCAGAUCCUCAAACAGGAGGAUCAGGUCAUCUAACAGGAGGAUCAGAUCCUCUAACAGGAGGAUCAGAUCCUCUAACAGGAGGAUCAGAUCCUCUAACAGGAGGAGGAUCAGGUCAUCUAACAGGAGGAUCAGGUCAUCUAACAGGAGGAUCAGGUCCUCUAACAGGAGGAUCAGAUCAUCUAACAGGAGGAUCAGGUCCUCUAACAGGAGGAUCAGGUCAUCUAACAGGAGGAUCAGAUCCUGCAACAGGAGGAUCAGAUCCUCUAACAGGAGGAUCAGAUCAUCUAACAGGAGGAUCAGGUCCUCUAACAGGAGGAUCAGGUCAUCUAACAGGAGGAUCAGGUCAUCUAACAGGAGGAUCAGAUCCUGCAACAGGAGGAUCAGAUCCUCUAACAGGAGGAUCAGGUCAUCUAACAGGAGGAUCAGAUCCUGCAACAGGAGGAUCAGAUCCUCUAACAGGAGGAUCAGGUCAUCUAACAGGAGGAUCAGAUCCUGGAACAGGAGGAUCAGAUCCUCUAACAGGAGGAUCAGUUCCUGUAACAGGAGGAUCAGAUCCUCUAACAGGAGGAUCAGUUCCUGUAACAGGAGGAUCAGAUCCUCUAACAGGAGGAUCAGAUCCUCUAACAGGAGGAUCAGAUCCUCUAACAGGAGGAUCAGUUCCUGUAACAGGAGGAUCAGAUCCUCUAACAGGAGGAUCAGGUCCAGAUCAUUUAGAGCUGGCCCAGAGGAUAAGGAAAGCAUGCAACACUGCACAUAUCAAGACGUAUCAGAGACACGAGGCCUAA